AUGAUUGUUUCAUACCCCUCCCAUCUCGAGGACACCAUGGUUGCAAAGCUCCCCGUAGAGCUGAUCCAUAUUAUUAUCACCUUCGUCAGUAGCGACCAUGAUCGGCAUAAGACACUGGCAGCCUGCUCCCUCGUAUGCCGUGGUUGGGACGAUAUCUGCCGCGUUCACAUCUUCGAUCGCAUCAUCAUUGGGAACAAGAACCUGGCUCCUCGGUUGUCCUUUCUCUGUCACACGGCUAGCCACCUCAGCGAACAUAUCCGCGACUUGUCUAUCUCUUGGGAUAACAGAAACUGCCUUGCCUCCGACUGGAAUUCAGAAUCCUUUGUACCAUUCAAGAAUCUGCGCACUUUGUGCCUAGCGAAUGGCAUUGCACGAGGCUUGACGGAUGGCCCGCCGUCCCCUUUCUCGGUUACGGCGUCUCUACUCGCUGCUCCUUGUCUCAAGGACCUCACCUUCCGUGCAUGGACCUUUGCAAAUGUCUCUAGCCUCUAUCGCAUGCUCGUGUUAUGCUCUAAUACUCUUGAACAACUGUCGUUCGACGGCGUCUCCUUCCUAUACUCCCAGCCAAGCUCUGAAUUUAUCGCACCGUUGCCUAUCCGGAUGGGUGCGCUACGCAGCAUGAAGUUUCCCCCCAAAUAUACUCCGAUCAUCGAAUGUCCCAACCUCGAAUCUUUAAGCAUUCGAGUCGAAGUUGGCGAAGUUUGGGUCCUACCGUCAUGGGUCCCGAGUGGAUUACGCGAUCUCACAUUAUAUGGCACGUACUAUUAUCAAGGGUGCAUCAACCGCCUUCCAUUUCCCGAUCACCUCCGUCACCUCACGAUCGAUGUCCAGAAAUUCUUGUUUGGGUCCGAAGUACGGUAUCCUCAGACGGCAGAUCACGAGGGUUUGUCGCAAGUCCUUCAACAACUCCGUAGACGUGCCGCGUUGGAGCGCAUUGACCUGAAGGUCACAAUUACCAUCGAAGAUGGUGCAGAAAUUCAUGCAACGUCCGAUUGGACAGACGACAAAGCGAGAGAGGUGGCCAAUUUUAAGCUGGGGCUUGGGCCGCUGCUAGAAGAAAAGGUCCUGCACGUCGCUUUCGCCCUCCAUCGGUGGUUUGAUGACUCGGAGGAGGUUGAGGUAUUGAUGGGUUGGGACGUCAGAACGGCAGAUUGA